GAGAGGAGGCAGUGCGGUCUUGUCAGUCAACAUAUGGUCGCUAGUUCCUGCGUCACCUGUUACGCUCUUUGUUGUUUUCCGGUUCUUUGGAUCGCUCCGCAUGCUAUUCGAUUCGCUGACUGCCGCCGAGGCCAGCUCUUUGCGUCGGAUUGCCGCUGUACUAUAAUAUUUCUUUUUAAUCCGAAGGCCGACAUUCGAAAGAUCAAAGAGAGCAACCUUCCCAACAUCCCGUCGUAAACAUUGGGACUCUGUCAUGACACAUGUGAGGAAAGCGGCCUCGUCAAGGUAUCCAAACGAGAACGUUGACUACGUCCUUCUGAGUUCACCUGGCUCGUCGAUGGAUCCCUACGACCGGGAGCUGGGGACGGUGCAGGACCUGAGGGGCUUCACCCUGGGCUACAGCCUUGUCCAGGUCCUGGGACUCACUGCUGUUCUGCUGGUCACAAUCUGGGCCAGCAACUUCAUGGGUGGCUUCUCGGGGCCUUCCAACCCCAAGCUAGAGUUCAACUACCACCCGGUGUUCAUGGUUCUCGGCAUGGUCUUUCUCUAUGGAAAUGGGAUCCUGGUGUACAGAGCGCUCAGGACCGAGCGCAAGUCCCGGCUCAAGCUGGUGCACGGAGCCCUGAUGGCGCUUGCCUUCCUCUGCGCCGUGGCGGCCCUCAAGACGGUCUUUGACUCGCACAACCUGAACCAGCCCGCGGCCAUUCCUAACCUCUACUCCCUCCACAGCUGGCUCGGGCUGACCGCCGUCCUCCUCUUCUGUAUGCAGGUGUACACUGAGGGAGGUUGUUGCCUGUCUUUGUAUCCAGCUGCUGACUGGCUUUGUCAGUUUCCUGUUUCCCGGGGUGCGCCAGUGGCUGCGUGCACAGUACCUGCCACUGCACGUCUUCUUCGGCCUGGCAAUUUUCGGAUUGGCCGUCGCCACUGCCCUGCUCGGGAUCUCCGAGAAGCUCUUCUUUCGCCUCGCCUCCAACUACUCCAACCUGCCCGGAGAGGCGGCGCUGGGGAAUCUGCUAGGCCUGUGCCUGCUCUCCUUCGCCGUUCUGGUCGUCUUCCUGGCCACCAGGACGUCCUACCGCAGGACACCGCUCCCAGAGGAGGCCUCCCUGCCCCUCCAGCCUCACAGCCCUAUGGAGUGAGCGCGGACCCGUCCCUGCUCACACCUCGUGGGGGUCCAAGUAAUGUCGGCAUUGCGGCCGUUCAAUGGUCAGAAGUUGCAACCGAGGGUUGCAAUGCGAGUUCUGUAGGAGGCGUUGUUGUUGCUGUUGCCAUUGUUGUUGUUGCGUUAUUCGAGGUGUCGCGUUCCCAGUAUCCUGUUGUCUCUGCUCCACUCCAUUCAGACGUCUGCCGAACUGGAAUGUGCGCACCUAGUUGAUCGAGGCAAUCCCGAUGCGUGGCCCCGUGGAACCGCCUCUUAGAAUUAUGGGCUUGCAUGUUUCAUUGAGGGACAAGGGUGGCAGGAGUAUGGAUCCAGUUUGUCGUCGUUGGAUAAGCACUGAACAUUGGAUAAGCGCUACAUUUCUAUUACGAACUGUUGCUGUCUUAUGGAACUGUCCGUUUGCUGCUCCCUCCACUCCCUCUUGUCGUCGUCUCAGAUCUCACCUGCUCUCCACUGUGCAUGGAACGCUUGCACCGUGGAAUUUUCUUGCACAAAGCUCAGUUUGAGUUGACUUCCAAACACGUUGACGCUUGUUACAAAUUUGAGAAGAGCUGGCUCAAGAAAGGAUGGCAAGGCGGAAACGGUUCGGACGGAGAACCGUUCCCGCUUCUUCAGCGGGAACGGUUCUUUGUCCGGUGUUUAUUUAUAGGGCGAACCCUUAGUGGUUGUCGACUGUUCAGGCAUUGUUUACGAAGCCUUUUUGCUGGUAGCAUGACAGAUUAAAUGUCCUUUCCAGCAUUGGCAGGUGGGUACAAAAGGCCAUACGUGUGAAGUGAGUUGCAUAUAUCCUCCUUGUAACUCUUCUUGGGAAAAUGUGCUGUUUAAGAAGAUGUAUAUAUUAUGCUUUGAUUAGCCGUGCUCUUCCCCCAGCUACCUCGGUGACUCCAAGGCAAAGCACCGGCGUAUGAACCCCCCAUUUGGUGGGUUCAUAUCCUGACUGGGGUGCCUGCUACAUGAUUGAGGCUUGUACCAGAGAUUUAGGCACUAUGUACUAUAUUUUUUCUUUAAUAGGGAUCCAAAACGAUCUCUUUUCUAACUUUGGACUCCAGCUUUGAUGUCGUGCCAAACUGAAGGUUGGUGUCCAUGUGCAUAACAGAGCGGGGGAACCGAUGCCGUGUUCCAGCAAUUGCUCGGCGUGGCAGCCCUUUUAGAGUGAUAUUUAUUAUGCUGAUUGUCGGUGUUUGUUAACAAAGCUUUUUACGUCGUGCAACCAUCCUGCAGUUCAGCAGGAAGCAAUGGCAUAUCACUACAGCUUUGCAGUCACGUCUCUUACGUGUCCAGAUGGCAUUAAAAACUUCUCUUCCUUUUUUUUUUUUUUAGUAAUGUGCAAUGGGAGUUGUUUCCAACAUUUUAUCAGGCAUGUCGUAAGGCGAGUUUUUGAGUUAAUAAGGUAGGUACUACCAGGAAUGAGCCUGACAUGUCCAGAAACAUUACUCUGCUUUUAGAUGUUCGGAUAUUUGCUAGAGUUUUAGUUUUUGGAACAUUCUAACAGGCCUUCUCCUCACGAGUAUAUGACCAGAAGGACUUCCCUAUGUCGGUACUUCUUGCCCCCCAUGCACCCAUAGAUUUCUGAACAGAGCAGAAGCGAGCUUGGCUCGUCGCAACACUGACAGUGUCGAACAAGGACUGUAAUUUGAUGGCACAAUAUUCAAACUCCGAUUUCGUGAGGUUAUGGUUGGUUAACACAUUUAGUACCUUCGUGUAGUCAGGUACGGAGAACUUUUCCAGCAGUCCUAAUUAGGGUUCCAUGUUUUUGGCAUUUAAACCGAUAAAUCAUGAAACGUAACCCCCCAAGUUAGCUUCAUCUAAAUCGGGGUGAACCGAGCAACCCCAAAAGCCAAAGCUGUACGGAAAGAAAUCUUUUUCUGUGGCUAUCUUUUCCUGUGUUGACUUGAAACAACGCCCACACUAAACUCUCCAUGGGGCUGCUUCGUUUUUUGGGACCCACACCUCUUGUUUUGUUUCUUUCUCUGUUUGAAGAAAUAGGAACCCCAAGAAUGUGGAACCCUCGUCAUAAUGGCUUCUUCAGUUGAUGCAACAGUUUUAGUUAUCCAGCUGAUUUCUGUAGCCGGACUCUUUUCCAUGCUUUCCUCUUCUAUGCAUUUGUUAGUCUUGGUAUUAAUUUAGCAAUGUUGCCCUUUAAUGCUUUCUGAGAAGUGUAUGCUGUGCUCGGAGUUCUUCUUAAAAAUGUUUAGGAUUUGGGCACUGCAAAUUUGCAGAAAAGGGGGAAUUUCUUUUCGAAUCGGCAUGUUGCCUGAAGCACUUUUUUGUGUGCACCGUGCUCACCCAGCGGUGAUGCUGAUUGCAGGGUUUGUUGCUUCUGCACGAGUAUGUGGGGGGCAAUGACCCUGGCACAAUGUGCGUUUGUAAAAUCAACAUCUUGCCCACUUACGACAAAUUAUAGAAAUGAGUGGAACUUCGUAGAGACGAAUGAUCAGUUGGACUGGUGGGUGAGAAAACCUCUGCCACCCACUGUAGGGUGAUCCGUGAUUGUGUUUCAGCCAUAUUCCCUGUGAUGAUGGAGGCUUCUUACCUCAAUGUAGAUUUAUUGUGCUUCUACCUGCCUCGCUUGUUUACAUCAUGGCCUCUCGAUCUGGUUGCAUUGAGCACCCAAAUUUGUUUGAUCCUCUCUUCUUUUUCAUUUAAAGGGACACCGACAGGGUAUUUAUGUUUGCCAAGGUCUUUAUUUGUACAUGACACAUGAGAGUCUAACUACACAGAACUUGCGGCUCAAAAUUUGUUUUCUUUCCGCCUGAAAACCGCCGAUUGAGGACUGGCUGGCUCGAGUCGCGCUCACUUUCUUCUCCGUGGUCACGUGCUGUUUUCUAUGGUUUAGACCAGUGGUUCUCAACCAUUGAUGUUUUGCGGACCCCCUGUGGAUCGGCAAAGAUGUUGGAGGACCCCGUUUGUGGUGUGGGAAAGACGAAAUGUAUAGGUUAAUUAUGAUAUGAUUUAAUAAAUGGAUAUAACUAAGGGCUAGUGUGAAGUGGACAUCUCUUAUUGACAUGCACGUGAGAAAACUCGCCGAAAAAUCGGAAAGCUUCUUUUCAUUCUGAAAAAAAUACAUUUUAUUGCCGGGCUCCACUGAUGCGGCAGGGUUUCGCGGACCCCUAAAAUUCCUUCGCGAACCCCAAAAGGUCCGCGGACCCCCAUUUGAGAACCACUGGUUUAGACACAACCGCCAAAGAUAAUCAAGGUCGUGAGUCAUCGAAGGCACACAUUCAAUACUAAAAAUGGACAAAAAAUAUGAUACCCAUUUUUUUUGUGGCUUCUAAAAAACUGCAAUUACGUUGGUUAAAAAGAAAAAGUUUCACAGCCAUGUGACUUUUGGUAUCUUUCUUCUCUAUACUUCUUCUUCCUCCCCAGUCUAUUUUCGGUUUUGAGCAGUUGCGUUUUUUGACUUCAUUAAAAAUAUACGUGACUCUGUAGCAAAAUGUUGACUGUGUACCGUAUUUUCCGGGCUAUAUUCUGCGGACCAUACAUGUUUAAAAGUUAAAAUUUUAGGCUGUGCGGAAUAUCUAUGCGUGCAAACUAUACAAAAAUUUUGUUUUUCAAUAUCGUUGAUUAUGACGAGACGAGACGGAUUUUGUGAAUGAAAGAGUAUGUUAAUGAUAUUUAUGUAUCAUACAAGCUUCUUUGUGAGCUAAGAAAGCUGACGUUUGUCAAGGUGUGCCGUCUAUGAGAAGAUUUUCGUGUCGACUAAGCACCAGGUGCGGACUAUGUACCGAGUGCAGACUGUGCACCGGGUGGCAGACUAUCUAAGUAAAAACUUUUAUUUUUGACCCCAAAUUUGCACCUGCGGACUAUACACCGGGUGCGAACUAUAGUCCGGAAAAUGCGGUACUCUUCUGACACCAUAAUGGAUCGCCUGGCAAAAAAAAAAUUAAAAGAACAGUUUUUGGGGUGUCAGCGUCCCUUUAAAGCAAGGUUGAAGCUUUGUUGAGCCACGCAUAGAUGCACGACAUGAUCAAGUAGCUUUCCCUCGAGGUACUGAAAAAUUUUAACUUCUUUCUAAACUAGGCGUUUUUCCUUGCUUCUUGGGGAGCUCAGGAUACAGCCCAAUCUUUUAUAGAACUUUAAGACAGUAUUUUACCGAAUAGAGCAUGCGGCCACAAGCGGCAACAUGCACCAACCACUAAAACUGAAAAACAUCUAGUGAUAACUGGGUUUGACAAUGCAGUUGAACUCAAAGUCGGAAUGGACCAUUAAAAAAAUCCUGAAGGCUGCGUGCAAAGUGCGCAAUGAAUUAUGGGAACGUCCUGUGCGCUUCCCUGAGCUUCUGCAGCAUCUAAAACGUAACACUGAAGAGAGUCAAAGGGAGGGGGUAACAUGCUUGCUCAUCUGCCUUCACCUGCCUGCCUGCAUUGCCUCCGUCAUCUGUUAUAGUCAGUUCUAUGCAACCAUUUUCCAGAAUCCCUUUUGCUGCUGUGGAGGGUACUGCGUGUUUUGGAAAGGGUCUGUUGCAACUUCCUUUCUUUCUACUUUCUCGUGCUCUUUGAUCGUUAACCCCGUGGCUACUAAUCGCGAAUGUCACUCGUGCCGUCCAUAACGGACCACAGAACCCGACCACAAGGUUUUGGUUUCGGAGCUUUACUUGCGCGCUCUACGGCAUAUGGCAGUGCUACCACUAUUGCUCCGCCAUCUUCAGGGCAUUGUGUUGUUCGUUUAGAAUUUUCACUAAAAUAAACCUUUAUUGUCCCCCCUCCCCCCCCCCCCAAAAAAAAGAAUUGACUUCUUCAAGUACAGGGAUAGGUAACAUGGCCACUCUGCCCCAAUGCAGAGGUCCAUUUUAACUGAUAUAGAAAUGCAGAAACUUUUACUUCAAAGUGAUAGUGCUCUACCAUUUCCGAUGAUGAGUGGUAUGGUACCACUUGUCUGAUGACUUGCAAAUGUUUCUCAAAGUUAACAAUUUGUAUGAGAGUUAGAGGAAACAUUCUCUUGGCCUCCAGACGUUGUUUGUUUCUCCUGACCUUCCUCAGUGUAUCACACAGUACUAUAGAGUGAAGAAACACUGAGUGGUCACAUCAGAUAACCAGGAAUUAAUAGCAAGAGCAACGAACAACAUCUAGAGGUCAAAUAAAGGCUUCUUUUAAUUUUUGUAUAUAUUUUUUUUUAUUUUAACAGAAAAUUUUGUGCUAUGUAUUUUUUUUGUACUUGUAUGCAUUUUUUUGUAGGCAGUGAGUUAAGGAAGCUAAAACAGGGGCUUAAAAACAAAGUUAAAAAAAAAACACGAGUUGGAGUGAAUUUUGGAGUACUUUUAUCCCGUGAAUCUGAAUAUCACAUUUGUUUCCCCCGAAGAUGUCACUAAACACGGGAAAACACGAAAACCCUUCGACCAGUUGUUACAUCAUACACAGGUCUGUUGGCCACCAAGCGCGUGUUACUCGUGUGGGCAGUGUGUGCCAUUGCAAGCUUGCCAGAUGUAUUCCCUCACACUGACACCAGACAUGACGUCUUUUUCUGACCUUUUUGAAGAUAGCAAGAUGGCACGUACAUAGCUUUGAUAGGCACUGAAGAUGCGAGGGAGCAGAGAUCCGGAAAAUUCUGACAUGAUGUCACGCUCCGGGAAGGAGGGGCUUCAACAAUAGUUCAAAUAUUAUUUCCUGCAGCCUCCUUGCACCAAAUUGAAAAAUAAUCUCGAUAUUCGUGAUCCUGGAGGCCAAAUGAAGACUAUUUAAGUGUUUUUUCUCAAAUACAGAAGUGCUUCAAUUUCUCUUUGUAAGCAAAAUUUCUCUCCUGCUGUGUGAUAUUGUGCAUAAAGAUUUCUCUCCCAGAAAUUAAAAAAAAAAAAAAAAAGAAGUGGUUUUAGCGGUGAGGUUACCCUAGUACGACUGACAUUUUCCAAGGGGUGAGGCGACUUCGUCAGUUUUAUCUGUGAUUCCUCUGCCAUAAAAUUUAAAGUUUAGGAGCCACUUCAGUCUCUCUUCAAAAAAGCUUCUAAGCUUCUGAUUUUGAUAAUUGCAAAAAAGCUAAGAUUGGGAGGUCGUGCCUCGGCCGUGUCUAGGUUAUGUAGGGGUUCCUCGAGAUCAGAUAUUUUUGGAAAUCAUUUGGUUGUCAAUUUAAUUAAAAUGGUAAUUUAUGUAGGAAGCUAGAAAACUGCUUUCACCAGUCCAAGUUCAAACAAGAAGCAAAUGGCUCUUACUUCCUUGCUUUCAAUCGGAAGGCAGUUUUGGCAUUGUGCUGUGUGCCCCACGACAGUUUUUACUUUAUUGGACUGAGCGUUAGAGUAAAGACUUGAAUGAAAGUAUGCCCUUGCACUGAAAGUACACUAUACUUGUGUGCAUAUUUAUACUAGAAUUUAUAAGUGGAAGUUUCUGAAUGGAUUUGAAUGUUGGAUGACUAGGCAGGGGCAUUUUUAGUAGUUUAGUAAUGUUCUAUUGUUUGCUUGUGAGAGACUAACCAUGAAACAUUGGGUGAUUGGUGUUUUGUGAUUAUUGUCAAAGUAAUGAAAUUAGCGAGAUUUUUUUUUUAUCUAGUGUUUAUAAUGCACCUUUAGUGUUUUCUGCAGUCUGUGCAGAGAUCACUUUGGGCCAAGUUUUCUCUUUUUAGAAAGUGUAGGCUGACAAUAUCUGUCCCACGGCAACUAAGUUACAGGGAAUGCUUCGCGAUGGGAAUGGAUCUGUCAUCGUCCUUGCCACAGCUGCUUCGACCUUCAACAUUGUUUUCAGUGCUGCUCAGUUCAUAUCUCUUGCCCAGUGAAGCUUCUGUGGCAUCAGCAACGGUUUGAUGAGUUCUAGUCAGACAAAGCCUUUGAACUUUGUGCAGAUUGUGUUUUUUUCAGGAAGUUUAAGAUCCAAUAUGAUAUGCUAUUUGAUGGGAUGUGGAGCCUUCCCUGUCACCCUAUUGCAUAUUGCUCUACAUUGUAAUCUAAGCAUUGCCAGACAGAUGUAGCACACCUGUUAUAUAUCGACACCCAUUGAUGCAAAGUUUUCUGACACGACAAGGUUAAAUUGUAAUUUACUUUACAGUCUAUGUUACACAAGGUGUCCAAGCAACAUGUUAUUAAAGCUUACAGAGGGGCCUGCUGGAUAUGAGUAACAGCAUCAAGCAGGCCUUUUCUGCACUUGAUUAUUUCACCUGUCAAAAAGAGGAUCCCCAGAAGUGCAUUAGAGUUGUUGAUAACAUUCUGCUUAUGUAUUUCGCUGUUUUAAGCUGUCUUGAGGUAUCCUCUUCCCUUUCAGGAGUCCUAUUAGCUGGCUUCUCCUAUCGUUUAGUUGACAACUUUUUUCUGAGGAUUACAUAUCUCACGAGACCCUGAUAUGUUACAAACAUAUGUCAAUUGGAAACCCUGCAUAAAAUUUAAAAUUUGAAUUAAUUUUGUUUACCCCAGCACAGUCUGCAAUGAUGUUUGUGACACUUCUACCGUAAUGUCUGGUGUGUAUGGCAUGCGUAUCGGGGCUGUGUCGUAUCUGAUGCCUCUGUUGUGUGUAUCACCCUUUAUAUAUAUAUGCAAGAAGUGACAUUUACAAUGUUGAUGUUAAAGUUUUAAAAUUUUGCCAGCACAUCUUUAAUUCAGCCUGAAAUGAUGUAUAGACGUGUACACUGAAUAAAUGUAUUGCUGUUGACCGCCUACUUUUUUGGUCAUGGCAGUUUCUUCUUUUUGUGA